AGCUUGAUGUCAAAGCUGUAAACCAAAUUCAUGAUUUUGAAUUAUGUCUUUAUGACACCCAGCCAUCAACUAUCGGCGGUGUCUUCAAUGAGUUUAUAUUUUCUGCACGACUUGAUAAUUUAAUGAUGUCAUAUACUGCAUUGACCGCUCUAAUCAAUAGCACAAAUAAUGCUGAAACAUUAUGCGAUGACAAAAAUAUUCGUUUGGUUGUCCUCUUUGAUAAUGAAGAAAUUGGAAGUAAAACUGCACAUGGUGCUGAUUCCAAACUUUUAGAGACCACUAUUAGACGUUUAACUCUAUCAAAUAUUAGUGAUACGUCUGAUAAAACAGCAUUUGAAGAAACAAUUCAUAAAAGUCUCAUGAUCAGUGCUGAUAUGGCUCAUG